CCUAAUUCAAAAUGGCGGACGAAAUGGAGGAAUCAAUGGCGAAUCAGGUGAGCAACUGUCUCGACAAAACAGUCCUUGACAAACCCAUCUAUCAAGGUAUUAUGGCGUUUGCAACAGUAGAGAAAUUCGUAAGCACCUCUGACAAGGAUUAUGUACCACCAAAGUUCCCUUUUGAGCUGCCUUCGUUUAACAGAUCGUCCACUUUUGGAGUAGAAAUGCGAAAACACUUUUUCCUUGAUCUCGACAACUGGACGUUUCUAAAUCAUGGAGCUUUCGGGUGCGUCCUUAAAGAAGCUCUAGAAACAGCUUUUAAGUGGCAGUGUUAUGUGGAAAGACAACCUGUGCGCUUCGUUGACAGAGAAAUGCUACCCCAUUUGGCUUACGUUAACCGGAGACUGGCAAACUUUGUUGGCUGUGAUCCGAGUGAUAUUGUCCUCCUUCCUAAUGCCACUUUUGCAAUCAACACUGUGAUUAAAUCAAUAGCUUGGCGUCCUGGAGAUACUGUUUAUUUCUUGAACACUUGUUACUAUACCGUGAAGAAAUUAUUUAGGCACAUCAGUAGUGAACAUGGUAAGUUCUUAAUGCUGUUCGCCUAUUCUUCUUUUUUUUUUUUUUAAAUAAGCUUAAUUUAUUUCAAAUGUAUAACAACAAAAAAUUCAACAAACAGAAUAACAACUAACAUUAAACUACUAAAGAAACCAUUAACAGUUGAUUUGAGAUUUGGAUUUGUGCUUUUAAGUGAGAAAGAAGUAGCAGUCUUCUUCUCUUAAUUGCGGUGGUGUAGAUAUAAUACUUUGCUAUCAGUAACAGAGGUUCAAUCCAAGCCUUAGUGCAAAUUUGUUCGUAAAACCAUAGAUAAUUUUUUUUUUUAUUGAGCACAAUACAGCCAUCGCGUUUGGUAUUCCACCAAUAAUGCGAAUUUAGACCAGACUCUUUUAACGUGUAAGCUAGAUACAUAUAAUUGAGUUAGUGGUUGUUUUUUGUUCAAACAGAAGGUAUUGAUCCUUAUCUUUAAUCUUGUCAUAAAUAAGGUUGUAUUAGUGGGCGAAAUAAUUUUUGGUUUACAAUUUUAUAUUGAAAGAUGGCUCGCCUGGUCACCUAUUGUACAGGUGAGGUUAUGUCCACAUGAGCCUACAAAUGUAUUUGUAAAGAUAUAAAGACGUUUACAAGUCAAGUACUAGCUAUAGGCUGGGCUUUUGUUGUUGAUAGUAAAUUACUGCUUCUGAUGUUCAGGGGUUUGGUUUUAGUUUUGUUUGUUGGUUGGUAUCCACAGUUGCUACAUUUAGGUGUUGUGGUUCAAUUUUAUCCUUGGUUCAAAUUUUCUUUUCUUUUGUUUCAAACUCAUUAUCAUGUUAUUAUCAUACAUUGCCAUACCCAAAUACAAAAGAAAAGAAAAUCUGAACCAAGGAUAAAAUUGAACCACAACAUAGGUAACUGCAUACACCAACCAAUAUAUAUAUAAAGGCUAAGCAAUCCAUGCACAAAAGGAAUUCUGAAAAAUUUGUUAACGUUAUUGCGUUAAGGGUGCCACCCUUGUUCCCCAAGGAAUCACUUUUUACACGUAUGAACUGUCCAAUGUAGAUAGCAAAAAUAUGCAAUGUUUGUGAUGAUUGCUUUUAUUGUUUGUGUGGACUAAACAUGAUCUUGUGAGGACAUAGAAUCCAGAGUGCUGAUCACUUCUGGCAAAUUCCUAAGGCUUUGGCUUCUCAAAAUUUUGCUCAAAUGUCACUUAAUGUUAGCACUCAAGAUGGCGAAAUGCUCUUCUUGUCAGGGAUUUUUUUAAAAAAAGAAGACACAAAAAAAGUGUGGCUGAUAGUUGCACAAAGCACCUGCCAUUCUACUUAACAAAGAUGACUAAAACUGCAUGAUCAUUUUGUGAGGCUAGUUAAGUACCCAUCUAAGUGGGUUGAAUUUUACAGUUUAUUCCCACCUAUGUGGAGAAAACCUUGCUUCCAAUGACUAGAUAGGACCAACUGGCUGGUUGGAGAGGCUUGGAUUAACCAAACUGAAAUACCAGAAUGUCUUCAGACUUGAUGAACUUAUCAGGCAUUUAUGGUAUUUACCAAAUUUUGUGCUAAUUGGAGUUAAUUUUCAGGGGUUGUUCUGAAGGAAAUCACAAUCACUUUCCCUGCCACCAGUGAGCAAAUUAUUCAAAGAAUAAAUGAAACCUUGGAAGAAGGUACAAGAUUGGCCUUGUUUGGUCAUAUUCCUAGUAACUAUCCAAUCGUGAUGCCAGUGGAAGAGAUUGUUCAACUUUGCCACAAGAAAGGUGUUCCUGUUUUGAUUGAUGGUGCGCAUGCAUUAGGAACCUUACCAUUAAAUUUAACAGUUCUCAAAGCUGACUAUUAUGUGGGAAAUGCUCAUAAAUGGUUAGCCUGUCCUAAGGUAUGUUUUUCCUUUCUUGUAUAAAAAUUAUAUAUUGACCUUGUAAUUAUUCAAAUAAAAUACGCCAUUACAAAGUUUACAGUAUUCAGGUAAGCUGGAAGAACUGAAAAGAGUAGAAAAUUUGCAUCUCCUUGAAUGACAGACUAUAUUUUCUGAAGCUUUCCAAAUGGUGGCACAAACAAUUUGAUAUUUCCAUGUAUUAAAAUGGUACUUAACCAUUGAAGUUUUGGUGAGAUUAACUGUGAUAACGCAUAAUGACCAUUUAACUUUGCAGGGGUGUGGCUUUCUGUGUGUAUCUAAAGACAAUCAACAUAUGAUCAAGCCUCUUGUUGUUUCAAGUGGUUUUACAGCAGGAUUUAAUUCACAGUUCAUAUGGACAGGUAAGACAAAUGCAGCUUGUGAAUUCCCAAUUAUGAACAAUAGACUUCUUUUAAGCAUGUACAUUGUAUUUUUUGAUUUCCUGUUAUAGGUUAUGAAUACAUAAUUAUAAUCAUCAUCAUCAUCAUAAUCAUCGUCAUCAUCUUUAUUUUUAUAGCACCAUUUCCAAAAGCUCAAUAGCGCUUUACAGAAUCAUAAGAAAGAAAAAUAAUGAAUUAAAAACUGACAUUGAAUGAUAAUAAAAAGAAUACUUGACGAAUUACAUUUAAGUUACGAUAAAAAUCCUGCUUAAAAAUUCUAAGCUGCACUAAAAACUAAGUCCCUAAAAAUUAAAACAAUAACAUCUAGAAGAUGUACGAUUAGAUAUUCUAUAUAUAAGUAUUUACCAAAUCAGUGGAUAACAAUUUUCGUGCAUUCUAAUUGGCUCCCGUAACUCAGAAUAUCCUUGGAUAUUCACUGUUUUGGGACGGGAAUCAAAAUGGCUUCUCGUUUCAUGAUGGUUUCAAAAGAUGAAAUUUCAGCGGUAAAAUUUGAAGCAGCUGCACCAACAUCUACCAAAAAGGCGACAAAAUUUGGCUUGUCAGUGAUUACUGGUCUGUAGAAAAACAUUUUCUGACUGAAUUUGCAACCAAAUUAUAUAGAAUGAUCCCGAAACACUGUCAAUUGAAAUGUAAACAAACUCUAACUAGGUGAUGUCUUUUAUUUACAAAAACUUCCCUUUUGAUUUUUAUCAAACUGAUUUGGUAAAUACUAAAACAAAUAUCCCCGUCAGGGUCGGUUCAUAGUGCUCCCCUGUUUCCUUCUUUUGCCCUCACACCUACCCUAAGGGUUACUAUUUUUACAUUCCCCAAUCUUCCUCUGUCAUAAAAUCAAAGAUGGUGGCUACAACAAUACGAACAUGAACAAGGUUUCGCCCACCCAAAAUACGCCUGCCAUGCAGGCUACUCAACACUUUCACAUCUCGGUAUAUAUCCACCACAAUUCACCUCCCCUUCGGGGGAUAGUUGUAUCUUACAUUGUCUAGAAAACCUAACUUAUCCUUACAUAUGUAUGAAUGUGGUAGAGUAUUAUGUAAAGGGGCUGUGACAUGGCUGUCUGGAGUUAAUAUUGUUUAUGGUGGGUGUUGAGCAGCACCAGUUAAGCGACCUUAUUCACCAUGAAACUUGAGGAAUCAUCUGAGAAUGACAAAAUUACAGCUUUUUGUCCAAACAAAUUUGUCUUCCAAGCAUUACUAUAAUAUAUCAGUCAUUACAAAUAAGAAAAAUGAAAUAUAUUGAAAAACUGGUGGGCUAACAAGUUUUAAAAAACCGUACUUGCAAUCAGUUUCAAUCUUCUUCAAGUUUGUCCAUCCUUGCUUCCUUUUGUAAUGCUGUGUCAUUUGUACCCUCUUCCAACUUUUUGAGCAGUUUAAUAUUGUAAUGUUUCACUCGAUUUGGUGGCAGCUACAUGUGUAUUGAUUUUUGGUGAAUAUUUUGUGACACAGCUUCUUUUAUGGAAACGGCUUUUUUUUGCAAAAUUCCCUGACUUUUCCUUGACCUUAAUAAAAAGAUUGUUUUUCCCUGAGAUAUAUAUUUUUUGGCUUACAGUGGUGACCCUGCAGCUUAAUAAUUAUCUACCUAUUAAAUAUUAUAAUUUUUUUUUCUGAUGCUAACUAGGUCUGAGGGAUUAUAGUCCUUACUUGGCUUUGAAUACAGGUGAGAUUUUUCAUUUUAUAUUAUUUAGCAGAAGUUUACUUUGGAGGCCUACAUGUAGUAAAUGUGGUGACUAGGCCACUUGCUAACUCUGUUAUUUGGAAUUAUGGCCAUUUCUCUGCGAUGCAGGUUUACGUACCUUAUUUCAUGCAAGCUGCUGCCUAACCUAAAAACCAUGAUGAUAAAUAUUAUGCACAUUCUUUGUUGCCUAAAAACCAUGAUAUAUAAUAAUAUGCACAUUCUCUGUAGCCUCAAACCCAUGUGAUUUAUUCUGCACAAUUGCCUGUAGCAAUAAAAUCAUAUAAUAUACAUAGAGGAUAUUACAUGGUCGCGCAGAAGAGAAAUUUUGUAUCUCCAAGUGGCCAUGUAAUGUUCUAUUUAUUAUGUAAACACCAAUGAACUACCAAACCAUUUCCCUUUAAUAGUUUUUAGGUGUGAAAGGUGCGAUUUAUAUUGAAGCCAUAGCAAUGGUGAUAUUUUCACAUGUGAAGAUAACAUGUUAUUUUCACAGGUGAAGAUGUCAAGUUUUCGCAUGAAAGCUCACCUGGUACUUCAUUGGUGUUUAUAUAAUAAAAUGUAUUAUGCACAUUCUUUGUUGCCUCAAACCAUGUAAUAAUAGAUGUUAUGUUAUACACAUUCCAUGUUGCCUGAAAACCAUGUAAUAUAAUCAAACACAUCCCCUGCUGCCUUUAAAUCAUGUAAUGUUUAUGCACAUUCUCUGUUGCUUCCAAACCAUGUUAUAUUAUUAUUAUUCACACUCUGUGUUGCCUUAAAACUAUGUGUAUAUCAUGUACAGAUUUUAAUCUUGAUCACUAUGAGUUAAACGGUGACCAGCAUUUAUGACUCAACACCAAGGGUCAGCUGCAUAAAUCCUGGAUGUAAAUGCUAACAUAUGUGAUUGUUGUGAAAACUAAAAAGUUUGACCAGGCUGAACGUCAGUUAUGAGCUCUUGUCAGCUGAAUGAAAUUUAUGCCUUGUAUUGAAUUAAUACAUCACUGUAAAUUCUGUAAGGAUAUUUUCACAACAAACUAAUAAGAAUUUAUGUCAGUUUGUUUUGUUAACCAUUCAUUGAUUCUAUUUAAAUUGUUCCAAAUAUUACCACAAUCUUCAGUUUCCUCUUGUUUAUUUUGUGCUUGUAAGUAUUUUCCGUUCGCAUGCUGGGGGAUCAUUUCAGGGUCAAGUUGGGGGAUCCCUUUUGUGCUGGGGAUCAUUUCAGGGUCGAUUUUUGGGAACCUUUCCUGAUUGCAGAUAAUUUUUGGGUAAAUUUGGGGAUCAUUUUGAGGGUGAGGAUCAUUUUGGGGUGCGGGAUCAUUUCGUGCCAGUGUACAGUGUACUUCUUAAUCUUCAGACAAAGUCCUGUUUUCACACUUUAAACCUCUGAGGUCAACAAUAUUCAUUUAAACAUUUUGUUGGAUCUUCAGAAAUAAAGACUUAUCUUACUUUCGGAAAAAAAAAUCCCUUGCUUAAUUUUAGCUGCUAAAUGUAUGCAAUUGGAAAAUAGUUCCUGCGAUUUCUAAGCUGGUGUCUUAAAUCUUACUCCCUUAGUGUUGGAUUUUUGGGAGGCCAUGGGACCUGAUCAAAUACGCCAAUAUAACAAUACCCUGGCCAACAAAGCUGCGUUGAUGCUAGCCGACAAAUGGGGUACUGGCUUAUUAUCGCACGCAGACAUGUUUGGACCAAUGGUGUUAAUUAGGCUCCCUGAGGUCCUUCUGGACUGUGUUACUCGAGGAUACCAAGAUGAGCCACUCAAGGCCCAUGCAGAGAUGGUGCAGGCGAAGCUGCAUUAUGAAUUCAGCAUUGAGGUCCCAGUCAAGUUAAUUCAGGGGAAACUGCACACUAGAAUCUCGGCUCACGUGUACAAUGAGCUGAGUGAUUACGACAAGUUGUGUGAGGCUAUUCUGAUCAUGACCAACGAUGUGUGUAAUAAUCCAGCUGCUUAUGACACGUAUAAGAAUUACAGGUAG